GUGCCGCACGCACAGGACGGUGCGCGAGUGGGCGGGCUCUAGUGGCGCGGCCUGACUCGACCAGGGCGGCGGAACGCUGCGGUUGUUCCCCUGGUGGUGGCACGGGUGGCACGCACGCCUUGCAGAGUAACAUGGCGGAUGCGGAAGUAGUUAUUUUGCCAAAGAAGCAUAAGAAGAAAAAGGACCGAAAGUCACUACCAGAAGAAGAUGUCGCUGAAAUACAACUGCUGAGAAUUCUUAUCAAACCUGAAUCCAAAGUUGCUCAGUUGGACACAUCUCAGUGGCCCCUGUUGCUAAAGAAUUUCGAUAAGCUGAAUGUGAGGACAGCGCACUAUACACCUCUUCCUUCAGGUUCAAAUCCUCUGAAGAGAGAGAUUGGGGACUAUAUCAGGACAGGUUUCAUUAAUCUUGACAAACCCUCUAACCCCUCUUCCCAUGAGGUGGUAGCCUGGAUUCGACGAAUACUUAGGGUGGAGAAGACAGGACACAGUGGUACUCUGGAUCCCAAGGUGACUGGAUGUUUAAUUGUGUGCAUAGAACGAGCCACUCGGUUGGUGAAAUCACAACAGAGUGCAGGCAAAGAGUAUGUGGGAAUUGUCCGGCUGCACAAUGCUAUUGAAGGGGGUACCCAGCUUUCUAGGGCCCUAGAAACUCUGACUGGUGCCCUGUUCCAGCGACCCCCACUUAUUGCUGCAGUAAAGAGGCAGCUUCGAGUGAGAACAAUCUACGAGAGCAAAAUGAUUGAAUACGAUCCUGAAAGAAGAUUAGGAAUCUUUUGGGUGAGUUGUGGAGGCUGGCACCUACAUUGGACAUUGUGUGUGCAUCUUGGUUUAUUAUUGGGAGUUGGUGGUCAGAUGCAGGAACUUCGGAGAGUUCGUUCUGGAGUCAUGAGUGGAAGGUAUGCCAUUUGGAGCUAGAAGUUUCAGAGCUAGUUAUUAAAUCCCAGACCUUGGGUGGAACACCACUUGCUUCACAUCCUGGGAAAGGCACUUUCCAACAUGUUGAGUUCAGUUCAGGGAAGCUUCCCUGUUGUAUUUAUUAAACUUUGGGACAUUGACAUGAAGUUUGGAGUCUGUUGGGCUAUUCGAGAUAUGAAGGUGAAUGCUAUUUGCUAUGGGGCCAAGAUCAUGCUUCCAGGUGUUCCAUAUGAGGAUGGCAUUGAGGUCAAUCAGGAGAUUGUGGUCAUCACCACCAAAGGGGAAGCGAUCUGCAUGGCUAUUGCAUUAAUGACCACGGCAGUGAUCUCUACCUGUGACCAUGGUAUAGUAGCCAAGAUCAAAAGAGUGAUCAUGGAGAGAGAUACUUACCCUCGGAAGUGGGGAUUGGGUCCAAAGGCAAGUCAGAAGAGGCUGAUGAUCAAGCAGGGCCUUCUGGACAAGCAUGGCAAACCUACAGACAGCACACCUAACACCUGGAAGCAGGAGUAUGUUGAUUACAGUGAUUCUACCAAGAGAGAAGUGGUUGCUGAAGCAGUAAAAGCUCCAAUGGUAGUUGCUGAAAUGGUAAAAGUCCCACAGCGGAAGCGAGAAAGUGAGAGUGAAAGCGAUGAGACUCCUCCAGCGGCUCCUCAAUUGAUCAAGAAGGAAAAGAAGAAGAAUAAAAAGGACAAGAAGGCCAAAGCUACCCUAGAGAGUGGGGGCGAGCCUGGAGAGGGGGACAGUGACACCAUCAAAAAGAAGAAGAAGAAGAAGAAGAAAGCAAAAGGGGUAGAAGUGGUUUCUGAGUAGUGAGGGCCAUGUUAAGCAUUGUGUCCAACUGGGAGGAGAAAUUAAAGCCUUAUUGAGAAAACAUUGUUCCUUUUGUUGUUGAGGGAAUGGAACAUAGGUCCUGGGCAGGGUGGAGAGUUCUGGCACAUUUUAGCUGCUGUUUGAGACCUUGGUGUUGUGGUCAUCCCAUCUUGUCCUGUUUUAAGGAUAUGG